AUGGUGCAACUUCGCUCCCUUCUCCCGCUGGCAACGCUCGCCCUGCCCCUCCUUACCGCCGCCUCAGAUGUUCUCAAUCUGAUCCCCUCAAACUUUGACAAAGUCGUGUUUGAGUCGGGCAAGCCUGCCCUCGUCGAGUUCUUCGCCCCGUGGUGCGGCCACUGCAAGAAUCUUGCCCCCGUCUACGAGGAGCUUGCCACAGCCUUCGCCGCCUCCGGUAACAAGGUAACAAUUGCAAAUGUCGAUGCGGACAAGCACAAGGACCUAGGCAAGAGAUUUGGUGUCCAGGGAUUUCCAACGUUGAAGUGGUUCGAUGGCAAACCUGGCUCGGAACCAGAGGAUUACAAUGGUGGGAGGGAUUUGGAGAGUUUGACCGCUUUCGUGAUGGAGAAGUCUGGCAUUAAGGCCAAGGGGCCGAAGAAGGCACCGAGCCAUGUUGAGAUGUUGACAGACACCACAUUCAAGUCCGAAAUCGGUGGGGAUAAGGAUGUUUUGGUGGCUUUUACAGCACCUUGGUGUGGACACUGCAAAUCCCUUGCCCCGACAUGGGAAAAGCUCGCCACCGAUUUCGUCAAUGAGCCCAACGUUCUAAUCGCCAAGAUCGACGCCGAAGCUGAGAACUCAAAAGCUACGGCACAAGCCCAAGGCAUCACCGGCUACCCGACCAUCAAAUUCUUCCCCAAGGGCUCCACCGAGCCAGAACCCUACAGUGGCGCACGCAGCGAAGAGGCCCUGGUGGACUUUGUCAAUUCCAAAGCUGGCACUUACCGAGUUCCGGGUGGCGGGUUGAAUUCUCAGGCUGGGACUGUCGAAAUCAUUGAUACCCUGCUCGCCAAAUACGUCACCGCCAACGGUCUCAAGGAGAUUGAGAAGGCCACGGCUGAGAUCAAAAAGGCAGCAAAGGACUUGAAGGAUUCGUCGGUCGACUACUAUCUCAGAGCUCUGUCCAAGCUGACAGGGAACCCGGAGUACGCGAUGAAAGAACAGACGAGACUAGCAGGUCUGUUGAAGAAGGGCGGAUUGGCACCGGAGAAGAUCGAUGAUCUGCAGAAGAGGAGCAAUAUCCUUUCGAAGUUCUUGGUCAAGGAGCCGGAGGAGAAGAGCGAGUUGUAA